AUGCAGUACUGGUCAAAGAAUCUGUUACAGGUGUGGCAACUAAGGCAUUUUGCCAGAGAGUGCCCUAUUAGAGCUGGUGUGACUCUAGCAAGACCAAAGCAACCUGUAGGUGGAGGACAAGCUAGGGUAUACACCAUCACACAGGCACAAGCUGAGACCUAUCCAUCAGUUGUGACAGGUCAGUUACUUUUCUAUACCAUUCCUUUGUAUGCUUUAAUUGAUUCAGGUGCCACACAUAGUUUUAUAGCUCAGGGAUUAGUUGAGAGAUUGAGACUAAAGCCUACAGUAGUGAAUCACAUCAAUACCGAAAUGUUAGAUGGUGACAAUAUACUGAGUGAUAGUAUGUUGUUGCAUCAAACAGUGGAAUUAAAGGGUCGAGAACUAAUAGUAGAUCUGAUCAUGUUUGAUAUGCUUGAUUUUGAUAUAAUAUUGGGAAUGGAUUUUCUUAGCAAGUAUGGCGCUGAGAUCGAUUGUAGGAAGAAGAAGGUUAAGUUCAAUUUGGAUAAUGGUGACGAGUUCUCGUUUAGUGAGGGUCGACUACUUAGCAUGAUGAUUAGCAGUGUCAGAGCUCGAAAAAUGUUGAGUAAGGGAUGUAUUGGAUAUCUAGCUCAUGUGGUGAAUAAAUCUAAUUCUGAGUCAACUCUAAAUGUGAAAAACACUCUAGUGGUCUAUGAGUUUUUAGAUGUGUUUCCUGAUAACUUGUCAGGACUAGCACCUGAAAGAGAGGUAGAGUUCAGUGUUGAGUUGGCCCCAGGACAUGUGGUCUCAACUGAUGGUAUUUUCGUAAAUCCGAGUAUAGUAAAGGUUGUGAUGAAAUGGCAGAGAUUGAGAUCAGCUAAGGAGGUUAUGAGUUUUUUGGGGUUAGUUGGUUAUUACCGAUGUUUCAUUGAGGGAUUUUCCAAAUUAGCUCGACCAUUGACGGAAUUGACUUGUAAAGAUGUUCCCUUUCAUUGGUUUUCAAAUUGUGAGGAUAGUUUCCAAGCCUUGAAACAAAGACUGACUACAGUUUCAGUCUUAACUCUAUCAAUUGAUGAUGAAGGAUAUGACUUGUAUAUAGAUGCAUCUCAUCAAGGAUUUGGAGCUGUCUUGAUACAAAGGGGUAAGUGGUUAGAGUUAGUUAAGGAUUACGACAUGGACAUUAGAUACCAUUCGGGUAAGGCUAAUGUAGUAGUUGAUGCUUUGAGUAUGAAGGUAAUGUUGUCUCAUGUGGCAACAUCCCUCGAGUUGCAACGAGAUGUCUUUCGUGAGCAGAUUGAGAUGGUCACAGGGUUAUUAGCUAGAGAUCGUGUAUGCGUCCCUCAGGAUGAUGACUUGAGAACUCGAAUUUUGAUGGAAGUGCAUAGUACACUUUACACUGCCCACCCCAAGAGUAUGAAAAUGUAUCAAGAUUUGAGAAGAAUUGACUGGUGGUCUGGUAUGAAAAAGGUUGUGGUUGAUUUUGUGUCAAAGUGUAUGGUUUGUCAACAAGUUAAAGCGGAACAUCAACGACCCUCCAGAUUAUUGCAACCUUUGUCCAUACCCGAGUGGAAAUGGGAAGAGGUCUCAAUGGACUUUAUGGUAAGAUUACCAAAGGUCAGAGGUGGAUUCAAUGCCUUAUGGGUUAUUGUGGAUCGAUUGACCAAGUUAACCCACUUCAUUCCGGUUAGAGAUAAUAUGGGCACAGACCAAUUGGGACAAAUCUACAUAAGAGAGAUAGUCAAACUUCAUGGAGUGCCGAAGAGGAUCGUAUCAGACAGGGAGACACGAUCGUUUCAGCUUUCUGGAAGAGUCUACAAAAGCUAUCAGACAACUAUUCAGAUGACCCCAUACGAAACCCUUUAUGGGAGAAAAUAUCGAUCACCAUUGCAUUGGGAUGAGAUUGGAGAGAGAAAUGAAUUAACCAGCGUUUUAGGGCGUGAGAUGACCCAACAAAUGAUUGAUCAGAUUGGUAAAGUGGCAUAUAAGCUUGCAUUGCCAACAAACAUAAGACGUAUUCAUAACGCGUUUCAUAUAUCAUUGUUGCGUAAAUGUCUAGGGGACCCAUCCCAAGUGGUUAAAAUCGAAGAUGUUAAGCUGAAAGACAAUUUGGUAUAUGAGGAACGCCCUGCACGGAUAGUGGAUCGACAAAUUAAGAUACUUAGACACCGAAAAAUUCCUUUGCUCAAGGUUCAAUGGCAAAAUCACCAGGUAGAAGAGGCUAUUCGGGAGAUAGAAGAGGAUAUGAGGCAAAGAUUUCCUCAAUUAUUUGAGUGA